AUGUUCAAUUCAAGAAUUGCAUCCAAAAUAGACGACAUUAAUUCUAGGUUAGAUGUCAUUGUGAAACAACAGAAUGAUUUCAAUUUGAACCUUCAUGACGGAAAUGGAGGCACAUCCAAUAGAUCAGAGAGGAGAAUGCCCACUACUUCCUUGGUGGAACCUCAUGUAUAUGGUCGGUACCAAGAUAGAGAAGAAAUUUUGAAAAUGGUGUUUGAAUCCAGAGAAACAGUACCGGACAAUGUUUCUGUGAUUCCCAUUGUUGGUUUGGAUGGCAUUGGCAAAACCACUCUUGCACAGCUUGUUUAUAAUGAUGAAACUGUUAAGGAAUUCUUUAGUCUUAAAGCUUGGGUGUGUGUUUCCGAAGAAUUUGAUGUAACCACUGUUACAAAGACUAUUUUUGAGGCUGUGACACAAACUAGUGGUGAAUCUAAGGAUUUGAAUACGCUUCAAGUGACUUUACAGGAGAGACUCUCCAAGGAAAAGUUUCUUCUUAUUCUGGAUGAUGUAUGGAAUGAGGAGUAUCACAGCUGGGAUCUCUUGCGUCGUCCUUUUCUAGUAGGACUAACUAGAAGUAAAAUUAUUGUCACAACACGCCACAUUACCGUUGCAAAUAUGGUGCGUUCUAAAUCUAUUCUACCUUACGUUAUGAACACAUUAAAGGCUCGUGAAUGUCUUUCUCUAUUAGCUCAACAUGCCUUGGGAGAAAGAGAUUUCGAUGCUCAUCCUAAUCUCAAAGAGUUAGGUGAGAAAUUGGCAGAUAAAUGUGGAGGCUUGCCUUUGGCAACAAAGGCCCUAGGAGGCAUCUUGCGCUCUAAAAUGAGUCCUAGUGAAUGGGAAGAUGUUCUGUCUAGCAAAUUAUGGGAUUUGCCUAAAGAAGCCAAGAUUCUUCCAGUUCUAAGAUUGAGUUAUUACCACCUUCCUUCUCAUUUGAAACAACUGUUUGCAUAUUGUUCCAUUUUCCCAAAAGACUAUGAGUUUGAUAGGUAUGAAUUGGUAUUGCUCUGGAUGGGGGAAGGUUUUCUGCACCAACCAAAUGGGAGGAAAACAAUAGAAGAGUUUGGUUUUGAAUGUUUCAAAGAGCUAGAAUCCAGGUCAUUUUUCCAAUGCGUUAGUAGAAGCGACUCUUGUUUUGUUAUGCAUGAUCUCAUCAAUGAUUUGGCACAAUUUGUUGCUGGCGGGAUGUGCCGUAGACUGGAUGACAAAUGCAGAAUGUGCAUAUUGCAAUGCUUAAGGGUUCUAUCUUUAAGCGGUUAUUCAAUAAGUGAGCUACCAAGCUCCAUAUGCAGCUUGAUACAUCUUAGAUACCUCAAUCUCUCUGGCACAGCAAUCACAUCAUUGCCUGAAACUCUUGGGAAUCUUUACAAUUUGCAAUCGUUAUCAUUGAGAAACUGCCGCAUUAUCACUAAGCUUCCAGAAACUCUAGGAGACUUGGUGAACCUUCGCCAUCUGGACAAUGCUAACACUGAUCAGCUGAAGGAAAUGCCUGUGGGAAUAGGUAAGUUGGAAAGUUUACAGACUUUACCAAAGAUAGUUGUGGGGGAAUAUGGUGGGUUGUGCCUAUCUGAAUUGAAGAACCUUACCCUUUUGCAAGGUGUAGUUAGCAUCGUUGAAUUGCACAAUGUAGCCAGUAUCCAGGAAGCAAAAGAGGCAAAUUUAGAGCAAAAGACAGGCCUCAGCGAAGUACAGUUGAUCUGGAGUGACAGUAGAGGUGAUUCUCGAGAUGAAAUCCUGGAAUUCACUGUGCUUGAAAAGCUACAACCUCAUAGAAACUUGCAAACACUAAAGGUUGAUUAUUUUGGAGGCAUGAAGUUUCCUACUUGGAUUGGUGAUCCACUGUUCCUUAAACUAGACAGCAUAAGCCUCACUAAUUGUGCUAAAUGCACAUCUCUACCACCUCUCGGACAGCUCCCGAAGCUUAAACACCUAAGAAUCGGUGGCAUGCCAGGUGUUAAACGCAUUGGAGAUGAGUUUUUCAUGUUUAAUUAUCCUCUGGAACGUCCAUUUCCAUGUCUGGAGACUUUGAGGUUUGAGUGCAUGCCUGAGUGGGAGGAAUGGUUUUGUGGUACUGGAUAUCAGAAGCUUGAAUUUCAGUUCCCUCAUCUUCAUCAGCUUACCAUGUAUAAGUGUCAGAAACUGGAGAGAGUCUCAUCUUUGAGUCUUCCUCUUCUUCAUGGAUUAGAUCUUCAAGAAUGCAACAAAGGGAUACUAAAUAGUUUCAAUCAUAUGACCUCACUAACGUAUUUGAAGGUAGAAUCAGUUACAGGGUUGUCAUGUCUUUCAAGAGAAUUUAUGCAAUAUGCUCAAAAGCUUGAAGCCUUAGAAAUUUGUAACUGCGAAGAAAUGAUCGUAUUGUGGGGAAAUGGUUUGUCCACACAGAGUCUUACAUGCCUAAAACGGCUGGUCAUAGCAGACUGUACAAGUAUUGUCUCCUUGGGAAAUGUGGAUCAACCACUGCCAACUAAUCUUGAAGUCCUGGAAAUAUUUCGUUGUGCAAGUUUGAAUUCCUUGCCUGUGGAACUGAAUACUGGUAUCCCGCCUAUGCUUCGACGCCUCGAGAUACAAGGAUGCAAUGCCCUAAAUUCCCUUCCAAAUGGCUUGUCUAAUCUGGAAAGGUUAGAGCUCAGAGAUUGCUCCUCAUUGAGAGCCUGGUCAGCAGAAAACUUUCCAAGUACAUUCAAGAAAAUUGUCAUAAAAAAUGUUGAGCAUCUAGAUUCAGUUUCAGAGGAAAGUUUUGAGCCGAACAAAGUUAUGUCUCUUGAAGAACUUCAUGUUUCGAAUUGGGAAAAUGUUGGUACUUUACUUCAGUGCAUACACCGUUUCUCCCUACUAGCUGAACUAUACGUAUCUCAGUGUGAAACCUUGGAGUCUUUUCCAGAGCAAGGAUUGCCCACACCAAAUCUGAGGAUCCUUUCUAUUGAAUAUUGUCCACAACUCAAAUCUACACCCUCCCAGAUUCACCGAAUUUCAUCUCUUGUUUCAUUGGAAAUCAGAAGUUGCCCAAAGCUCGAGACUUUUCCCAAAGGUGACUUGCCUUCAAGUCUAACUUCACUUCGGAUCUGGGACUCAAGAAAACUCAAGCCCCUGCCUGAAUGGCAACUUGACAGGCUCACAUCAAGAUUUUCUCUUGCAAGAUUUCCAAGUCUCAAAUAUCUCUCAAAAGUUCUUGAUACGUUAACCUCCCUGCAACAUCUCUCUGUCAUGAACUGUCCUAAACUUCAGACCCUGCCUUGCAAAGGUAUACUCGACGGACUUUGGCAUCUUGAGAUUAGCAAUUGUAAGGAACUGAAAGGUCGAUGCAUGAAAGAUAAAGGUGAAUAUUGGCAGAUGAUUGCUGACAUUCCCUGCGUGGAGAUAGAUGAUUCAAUGUUUGGCGCAUUUGCACUGCUUGCCCUUUUGCAAUGGUGGCCUGAGGCUACGUAA